AAAAAGAGGCUGCGAUUAAUUUUUUUCGUCAUAUUUUUAACACUUUUCGUGUGUAAAAACAUAUCAACAUUUUUUAAUGCUAAUUUUACACCUUUUGAGGGUAAAAUAAACAUGAAAGAGGGUAACUUUAACCCAUAAUACACCUAAAAAGGGUAAUGUUUACACCUAUUUCGGAUCAAUACUGCAGGAUAAAAUUAACAUUUCCGGAAUGUUAUUUUAACUUUUUCGGAUUUCUCUCAGUGGACAAUUUCUGGCCAAAAAGUGUUUAAUAGCUUCUACAUACUUGAGAAAUUUAUGUCCAUAUUGAAGCAAAUUCCAUACGCUUGUGUAGGAAAAACUCUUCAAUAUAUACAUAUUUUUCUCUAGUACGUAAAGGGCAUAAGUUUCAGUGUCUCUACUCAAUCAAUAAUAACACAGGCGUUUACUCCAAAACGAAAUCAUUUUCUCGAGAAAAAUAUUAACCAAACAUGCUUAUCAAUGGCCCUGAAUUGUCAUAGAAUCUCACGUAAAGCGACGUCGUCGUUUAAAUAUCUUUUAUUAUCGAUAAAAAAUUAAAAAAAGGUCUAUUAUUCUCUCGUUUUCACAAAAAUUCUUUCAUUAAAAUUUUGAAGUAAGAGUUUUGACUACUUACUGGUUAAAUUUUAUAAAGAUAAUUUUGCCUCACUGCUUAAAAGAACGGAAAGUAUUUCGGAUUAAUCCAAAAUGGAGCAUUGUAUUGCUUUCGGCUAUGGCUAAAUUUCCGAUUAAUCAGGUAAUCGAGUUUAGUUUAGGCUCUUCGUGAUAGUAUUGUGAGCUUUUGUGAUUUUUUCAUUUUCUGCUAAAAUUUUAGUGCUAAAGCAUUGAUUUGUUUCCCGAGUUUCUGAAACAUUUUUACCAUUUUUAAGUCAGCGUUUGUUGAUAUUGUCUUUGGUAAGGUUUGUUCUGCCGAAGGUUCUGUCUUGUCUUUUGGCCUAUCAUGCAGUCUGACUAACUUAUCUACAAAAACUUCCACUUCUGCUGAUCAACUCUGCUUUAGAACAAUGAUAAUGGCUUCUCCAGCUCUACCAAGCCCUCAAUUGGCUCUCUCGCUUCUGUUUUGUGUCUCUGAGAGAAGACCUCGAAGUCGUGGCCGAGUCCGCCGCAUUCGGAGUCUCAUACAGUGCGCAGUGUUGAGUCGUGCCAAAAGCGUCGCGUAACACUGAAGAACAGUCCUCUUCUCUAGUGAAGCUAUCAAAGAGAGCCUGAAAAAAAAGUCCUCUAUCGCCCAGAAAAGUGGCGAAAAAUCGACAAUAAAGCCAAUUCGAGGAGUCACUCUGCAAUACAAAAGGAUUUAAAUGGAUUAGGAGCAAUUGGCGGGGCGUUAAAUUGAGACUUUUCCAGUGCUACAAGAAUCACCCUCAGGAGUUUCUGAGACAGUGAGUGACUUGGCUACCUAGAGGAGGUGCCAGGAGACGGGUGAAAAAGAAAAACAAAUAGAAGGGAAGGAAAAGUGCAGUGUGUGUGAGUGAAGGAAAAUAAAGAAAAAAAAAAAUAAAAGAAGGGUGAGGUGUUCUGGAAAAACACUAACCAAAGACAUUUCUUUGCGGCUUCCGCGGAGGAUUUGUGUCCACUUUGGCCAUAUGUGUUAAAACCUGAGCUCCUCCAAAGUGUAAUACAAUACCUGAGAAAAGUGUGGGGUCACCCUAAAAGAAAUCACAGUUCUUUUUUUAGUGAGAGGGGCUAGUAAGAAAAAUCGAAGAAAAUGUCGUCUUGGGGUUUUGUGUUCGUAUUCGUGCUUUCGACGCUUUUUUCGGAUAUCACAGUGAGUGUCCAGGCUGCAUCUCCACGAUGGGAGCCCCAGAUUGCUGUACUCUGCGAAGCAGGUCAAAUCUACCACCCACAGUAUCUCUCCGAGGAGGGCAAAUGGAUGUCCGACCUGAAGAUUAAAGUGCCCAGCUCAUCCUGCUUGAGGGACAAAAUCGAUUUACUCGAUCACUGCAAGAAGGUCUAUCCUGGGCGUGAUAUCACGAACAUCGUUGAGUCACCACAUUACCAGAAAAUUGGAGGCUGGUGUCGUCAGGGAGUGACGAGUCAGGGCAAGUGCAAAGGGGCUCAGCGUUGGAUUAAGCCCUUUAGGUGCUUGGAAGGUCCUUUCCAGUCUGAUGCACUUUUGGUGCCCGAGGGUUGUCUCUUCGAUCAUAUCCACAAUGCAUCCCGUUGCUGGCCCUUCGUCAGAUGGAACCAGACCGGAGCAGCUGCCUGCCAGGACCGUGGCAUGCAAAUGAGGAGUUUCGCCAUGCUCCUACCCUGUGGCAUAUCUCUCUUCUCUGGCGUUGAGUUUGUCUGCUGUCCUAAGCAUUUCAAAGAUGCGGUCAAAGUGAAGAAAAUCGAUUUGCCCGCUAUGUCGCCAGAAUUGGAAGGGCUACCCAUGUCUGAUGACCUCGAGGCUGAUGAUGACGAUGACAUGGACAUGAGCGAGGACAUUCUGACUGACGAGGAUGGCGACGAUGAGGAUGACUACGAUUCAGACGAGGACACUGGCAGCGACGGCGAAGAUUCUGGUGCUUCCGAUGAAAACUGGGACAUGCCGAGUGGUUCCCUGGCUGGAAAGGAUCAGACCAUCAUCAAUGAGAAUCCCUCGACAAUGUCACCGAGCACCACCCUGAAGCCCACUGAGCAAGUUGCAUCUUCAUCUAGUGCUCUGCCCACUGUUGAUCCCUACUUCACUCAUUUUGAUCCGAGACUCGAGCAUCAGAGCUACAAAGAAGCCCAGCAGCGACUGGAGGAAGCUCAUCGGGAAAAGGUGACUCGUGUGAUGAAGGACUGGUCGGAUCUCGAAGAGAAGUACCAGGAUAUGCGUUUGGCAGACCCAAAGGCAGCCCAGAGUUUUAAGCAACGUAUGACUGCCAGAUUCCAGACGUCUGUUCAGGCACUCGAGGAGGAGGGCAAUGCCGAGAAGCACCAACUGGCUGCAAUGCAUCAGCAACGAGUCCUGGCUCACAUCAAUCAGCGAAAACGUGAGGCGAUGACAUGCUACACCCAGGCUCUCACAGAGCAACCACCAAAUGCUCAUCGUGUGGAAAAGUGUCUGCAGAAAUUACUUCGUGCUCUGCAUAAGGAUCGUGCACAUGCCCUGGCUCACUAUCGGCAUCUCCUGAGUUCUGGCGGAACUGGUGGCCUUGAGGCUGCUGCUUCUGAGCGUUCCCGGACCCUUGAGCGGCUCAUUGACAUUGAUCGGGCUGUCAAUCAAUCACUGUCGAUGCUGAAGCGUUACCCAGAUCUCUCAGGCAGGAUCUCCCAGCUUAUGGAUGAUUAUAUCCAGGCUCUGCGUUCCAAGGAUGAGACUCCUGGGUCCAUGCUGGCCAUGACUGAGGAAGCCGAGGCGGCAAUUCUGGACAAGUACCGAAUAGAAGUUGAACGCAAAGUGAAUGAGAAGGAGAGGCAGCGUCUGGCUGAGAAGCAGCGCAAGGAAAAACGUGCCCAGGAGCGUGAGAAGUUGCGUGAGGAGAAACUGAGGUCAGAAGCUAAGAAAUUGGAGGCUACAGUCAAGGCUCAGCAGCAGAUGAAGGAGAAGGCCAACGAAGAGGAAGCCAGGAAGUACCAGAAAGCUGACCAGAAAGACGCCAAGGAUGAAGAUACAACAAUUGGUUUGGCUGUCACGGCACUUCCUACAGUCGAUGAUGCAGCUGUUCAACGAGCCGUCGAGGAAGUGGCAGCUGCUGUAGCUCAUCAGGAAGCUGAGCCACGAAUGCAGCAUGCCCUGGCACAUGAUCUGGGCCAUGGAGAAGCUAUCUACUCGGUGCGUCGGGAAGUGUUCCAGGGACCCGGACACGAGGGAAGGAAUGUCUACUUCACUCUGGCUUUCGCCGGAAUCGCCCUCAUGGCCGCUGUCUUUGUGGGAGUGGCUGUGGCUAAGUGGCGCGCAUCCCGAUCACCCCAAGCACAAGGAUUCAUUGAAGUUGACCAGGUUAACACUAUUGGAGCUCCAGUGACACCAGAGGAGAGACAUGUGGCCAACAUGCAAAUCAAUGGGUAUGAGAAUCCAACAUACAAAUACUUCGAGGUCAAGGACUAAACGCAUGACCUCGCGAAAGGAAUGAAACAGUCUCGUGAGUAAAAAAAAAGAGAAUCAAAAUGGAAAGUAUAAUCCUUUUAUAUUCAAUAACGGAAGGGGUGAGAUAAGAAAAAAAAGUGAGAGAGAAAAAAAUUGUGGAAUAAGAUGAAACAAUAAUAGCCACAGAUAUAUUUAGAUUUUAGCAUUACACAUAAAGAAAAAAAAAGAUGAAUUACCUAUAAUUAAUUAUAUACCUUUUGAGGAAGAAUGGCAAAAAAGCAACAAAGUUAGAAUGAAAAAAAAAUUUGAAAAAAAAGUGAAGAAAACAAUUCUACUGCUAUAUAAAAAAACAGCAAGUUUGGCUUGCAAAUUGUACAAUAUCUCAUUUUUAAUUGUAAAAUGUUCAGUAUCGUUGUCACUGAGGUAUAAGAGAAUAAAAAGAGGUGGUAAAGAAAAAUAAAAGGAAUAAAAAAAAGAGAUAAAUAUUUAUUUGAAUGCUGCACUUUUAUGAAGAAUGCACUCAAGAAUAAAUCUCUCGUUGUUGUAGUUGUAGUAGAGUGUCCUUUGCAAGAUGACGAAUUGUGUGAAAACUUUUUUUUUCCUUUUUUGGAGGGAUUAUAACACACACUUUUACGACUUUUUUUUCCUUUGUCUCACUUUUAAUUUUUUAAUUUUUCUGGUUUUUCUCUUACCACAAAAAACUAGUUGGUGAACUUUUUAGGCGCCUUCACACUAAAUAAAACCCAAAUAAAUUCACGUAAUUAACUAACAAAAACCAAGCUUACAAAAAAAAAGGAAUUUUUCACCAGAAAUAAAAGCUUCACAUAGACUGACUUUUCCUAAAUAUCAAGACAGAGAGAAUAUCUUGUAGUUUUAUCACAUCUAGUGCUUUCUGUAAUUUGUAAACACCCUCUUUUCCAAAAAAAAAAGAAUACACAGUUUGUGUCUCAUUGAAUCACACACAGAGUAUAAUCCUAUUUAUUAAAUAACAAAAAAGCUUCAGGUGAACCGAAUUGUGCGAGAGCUUGUUUUAUAAAUGAACAAAAAAAAUUAAAAAAUAUAUAGAACAGAAUUUUUAAAAGAAAACUCUAGAAUCUUAGCCGAACAAUAGAAGUUAGAUCGUAAAACAUUACUCAUCAAGACACGUACCACUCAACACAAAAAAAUAAAAUCGAUAAAAAAAUUAAGGAAAAUAUUCCUUAUCCAAAAAAAUAAAAAAAAUGAAUAAAUAUCACUAAGAAAUCCGCGUGAAUGUCGAUGUAAAAGCCGCUUCUUUUCCUGGUAGUCACUGUAGAUUAUUAGAAAACUGUGAAAAUUGCACUGAAGUCAGUUUUAAAAGAGUCACUUUUGAGGGAUGAUUUUAAGAUUCUUAAAUGCGUUUUUAUUAAUCGAAUUUUUAAGAGUUGUUUUCUUAAAUCCAUAUAAAAGGAAACUUUAAAGAAUUUAUUUUGCAAUGGUUUUCUAAAGUCUUUUCGGAAGGAAUCUUUAAAGUACUUAUUUUAGAAUUAGCUUUCUAAAAUCUAUUUUAAAGGAAUUUUUAUAGAAUCGAUUUUGGAAUGGCUUUUUAAAAUCUAAUUUAAAGGAAUCUUUAAAGAAUCGAUUUUGGAAUAGCUUUCUAAAGUCUAUUCACAAGGAUUCUUUGAAGAAUUGGUUUUAGGAAACGCUUUCUUAAAGUCUAUUUUAAAGGAAUAUUAAAAAAAAUGAUUUUAGGAAUAGAUUUCUAAAGUAUAUUCGAAAAAAUGUUUUGGAAUUCAUUUGAAAUAUUUUUUUGCAGUCUUUUUAGAAGAGAUCUUUAAAGAAUAGAUUUUAGGAAUGUCUUUUUAAAAUCUAUUCAAAAGGAAUCCUCAAAGAAUUGAUUUUGGAAUAACUUUCUAAAAUAUAUUCGAAAGAAAACUUUAAAGAAUUGAUUUUGGAAUAAUUUUCUAAAAUAUAUUCAAAAGGAAUCAUUAAAGAAUCGAUUUUGAGAACAGGUUUUUAAAAUCGAUUCGAAAGGAAUAUUCAAAGAAUUGAUUUUAGGUAUAGUUUCCUUAAACUUAUUCGAAAAGAAUCUUUAAAGAAUCGAUUCUAAAAUGGCUUUCUAAAGUCAAUUCAAAAGCAAUCUUUUAAGAUUCAAUUUUAGAAACACCUCUUUUAAUUCUAUUCGAAAGGAAUCUUUGAAGAAUCGAUUUUAGAAUAGCUUUCUAAAGUCUUUCGAGAAAGAAUAUUCAAAGAAUAGAUUUUAGGAAUGUCUUUUUAGAAUCUAUUCAAAAGGAUUCUUCAAAGCAUUAAUUUUAAAAAUAGCUUUCUUAAACUUAUUCCAAAAGAAUCGUAAAAGAAUCGAUUUUGGAAUAGCUUUUUAAAGAAUUUUCGGAAAGAAUCCUUAAAGAAUCGAUUUUGGUAUAGCUUUUUAAAGUAUUUUCGGAAAGAAUCCUUAAAGAAUCGAUUUUGGAAUGGCUUUCUAAAGUCUAUUCGAAAGGAAUCUUUAAAGAAUCGAUUUUAGAAACACCUUUUUUAAUUCUAUUCGAAAGGAAUCUUUAAAGAAUUGAUUUUACAAAAGUUUCCUAAAAUCUAUCCAGAAGGAAUCUACAAAGAAUCGAUUUUAGUUAUAGCUUUUUUAAACCUAUUCAAAAAGACUCUUUAAAGAAUACAUUAUGGAAUAGCUUUCUAAAGUCUUUUCAGAAAGAAUCCUUAAAGUAUUGAUUUUUGGAAUAGCUUUCUUGAGUCUCUUUAAAAGAAAUUUUUAAAGAAUCGAUUUUAGGAAUAGCUUUCUAAAGUCUGUUUAAAAGGACUCUUUAAAGGAUCGAUUAUGGAAUAGCUUUCUAAAGUCUUUUUAGAAGGAAUCUUUAAAGAAUCGAUUUUAGGAAUAACUUUCUUAAACCUAUUCGAAAAAAAAAGGAUUUUACGAAUGGCUUUUUAAAAUCUAUUCAAAAGGAAUUUUCAAAGAAAAUGAUUCUAGAAAUACCUUCUCAAAGUCUAUUCAGAAGUAAUCUUUAAAGAAUCGAUUUCGGAAUAGUUUUCUUUUAAAUCUCUUGAAAAGGAAUCCUUAAAGGGGUGCUUUUAAAACUGUUUGCAGUGUUUCUAUUUGUCUGAGCUUUUUUCCACUCAAUUCUCACAUAUUGCUUCGAUGUCUUACUUGAGUUUUACGCUUUCUUUCCUAGCUAUUCACACGAAAAUCCAAUUUCGAAUAAACACUGAAGAAAUCCUCGUCAAAAUGAGUGAUUUCGAAUUGGCAAUAAAACAAGGGUGAGAUUGAAUGUGAAGAGGAAUUUUGCACGUAGCAUCAUCGUUCACAAGAUGCUCUCAUCCUUUUUUUUUUCUCUCACACUAAUCUCGUAAAAUUCCAAGACACAUUUAGCACCUUACUUUUAGGGUAAUACACAAAGGAUCGCCUGCCCUCCCACCCUCACACAAAAACAUGCAAUGUAAAUGGUAAAUGCAAAUUGAGCUUUUGAGCAAUUAAAUGGGAAAAACUGCAGAUGGGAAAUGUACUUUCAUCCCCAAAGCAGGAAGCUGCUGAAAAAAGCUCCUUCUUAAAGGCUUUUCUCCAUAUCUAUAAUAGAGCUUCAAUCCCCUAUUUUCAACCCUAUCCAUUUCGUAGGAAGCUCAGAAGCUCAAUUUUCUCCCCCGAAAAAAGAAGAAAGAGAGAACGAGCAGCAAAAAAAAACGGCUUAAGAGGAAAAAUGAUGGAGUUCUUGCUUUGAUGUUGUAAUUUGUUACACAUCCUCUCAAUAAGGUUAUUAUAUUUCAUAAGGAGAUUAAUAACGUUGGUUCCCUCCUAUUCAGAGAUGAUGAAAAAAUUGAUAUUGAAAAAAAACGUGAAGAAAUAUUAGGUAUUUUAUUAUUAGGUAGUCAAAGGUAGACGUCGGAAAAAAAAUCAAGAGGAAAAUAAAGAGAGAAAUUUGACAAGAAAAAGCAUCAUGAGGAAAGCGUUAGGAUGACGGUGAAAAAAUAUAUGUAAUACAAGUAAUAAGUGAAGAUGAAAUACCAUAAUUGUAUUUUACGAUAGAACCUAAACUAUAUAUUAAUGUUAAUUGAAUAUUGUAAUUGGAAUUAACUUUAGGUGCUUAGGUUUAAAAUGAAUUUUAAAUGUGGAAGAAUAUGGGAGAUUAGGAGGAGGAACUAAGGUUAAAUUAUAAGGCAGUGACAUACCACAAGAUCAAUGUGAAGGAAGGAAAAUUCUAGUCCAAAAUCGAAGCUUAAUUGUAUAAAAAAAAGUGAGAGGUUUAGAUGAAAAUUCUGUUUUCUUUUUUUGUUGAAUUCUGUAAAAUUUAUCAAACAGAUUUUUGUUUUUUUACUGCGUUCUUGGUAGUUUAAAAAUAAUUUUAAAAGAAUUUUUAAAAAAUAUUUAGGGGAAGAUCUUAGUAUAAAGUCUCAUCCCUAAGUACGAAAAUAUCAUUUUGUUGAUUUGUUUAAUUCUCCAAAAGUCUUUUUGUAAAUUUCUGUUCGAAGAGUGGAGAAAACUUAAGGAAAAAAAAAAUCGGAAAUAUCAUUAAAAUUAUGUACAUUGUACACAAUAUAAGUAUGCUAUAAUAUAUUUUCUGAUAAACUAACAACUAUCAAGAGUAUUUUGCAUAAGAUGAGAGAGAAAAAUAUUAAAAAAAAAUGUAAAGAGAAAAUGAAUAUUUAAAGAAUCACCUUUGUUUUUUUUUAAAUAAAAAGAUACUCUUUUUUUAUCCCAAAAAAUAAUUUCACAAAAUCCUUUCGACGCACGACAAAAUGACAUUGCAAUUCAAAAAAAAUUCACAGUCAAAAGCUAUUUAUUCCCUGAAUUCUUUAUAAAAAAAACAUGAAAAAUUACUGAGCACAGAGCAAUUUUUUUGGUGUGAAAACCAUCUAAAAAAAUAUGUGGAUUUAGGUUCCAAAAGAACUCACACACACGAAUGGCAACAAAAUAUUACAACAUCUUUAAGAGACAUAUUUAUGAAAGAAAAGCAUAUUUAAAGAAGAAAUAUUAAUGCAACAAUAUUUAUUUUUGUAUCCAAAAAAAAGUACUAUUGAAUUUGGAGAAAAAAGAAAAACAGUGAAGAAUAUGUCGUAGCAAAAUGUAAUGUAUCUUAGGUGAAAAAAAAGAGGAAGACAACAAACCAACAUGUGGAGGAAAUAUAGAAUACGUCCUUUUUAAUACUUUUUUAGCACAAGACAUAAAUAUAUGUGUAUAGGAGGUAUAUUUAGCAUCUUUUUGCCCCCCUCUUUGAGACACACACACAACACAACACAGAAGACACAUUUUGUAUUUUAGGUGAAUCUAUGCUGGGUUAGAAAUGUUCUCCUGAGAACUUUUUACCAACCCCCAUCCAACACAGAAAUGUCUUAAGAGAUGCGACAUGAAAUACAACUUUUGCGUAAAUUCUCCAUGAAAUAUUCCGCAAAGUUGAGGAGCGUGUUUGUCACUGAGAACACUUAUUGUUCUUCAUGGGCGUCCAUCAUUUUCAAUUUACCUGCUUUACCACGAUAUGAUACUGUCUCUCAUGGGAGCUUUACCACCCACAAUUUCUCAUGCAGAGCUUUAGAACUUUCACUAGUGAAAAAACAUGCACUCUCGUGAUGAAAAGUGAUGAUUUUACUGAAUUGAAACGGAAGUUAUAGGCUACGCACAGUAGGUACAAUAGAAAAGGGCUAGAAUUCUCUGUACGACCAAAAAACUUUAAGUAAAUCGCAGAAUUAGAUAGCUAUUACACUGAAAAUGUAUCUUAUUUUAAAUUUAGUACAUUUAGUACAGACAUGUGCUAAAUCUCGAACUUUGUAGAAAUCAUUAACGGUCAUAAUUUUGAAAUUUAUGAGUUAAUUUCCCUCAAUAGAACGGGAUCGAGAGGAUUGCGUUCUUAAGGAGAGUGAGGGAAUCUUGGUUAAACCACGGCAAGGUGAGAAUUUAGCCCCGUACUCUAGGCUUUAUACGGCCUUCAAACCUAAGUCUUAACCACAUGGCUUAACUGCUCUAAUUCCUUAUCAAUCAAGAUUUUUUGGAUGAAUUUAAUUCACCGUGGUGUCACAUAACGGUGGUUAAAGUAAUAAAAGAUUAGGAUUGGUGGAAUACGGCCGUGCACCGGACUGAUAUAUGUCGAAUAGGCCGUACGCUCUAGUAAUAAUUUUGAACAAUUUUCAUAAUUCCCAUAUUAAUUAGCCUUAGCCCCUGAUACUAAAGCAAAAGUGAUUAUACUACUUUCUGACCGUGGUGUCACAUAUAAGAUUAAUAUUAAUAUUAAUAUUAAGAAAACCCUUAGAGAGAGGUAUAUAGAAUACAAAAUUUCAAAUGGAAAAUCACGUGUGUUAGGAAGAGUACACUCUAGUGGAGUAAUACGAUGAGUAAGAUAUUACUGUUCGUAUUAAUUGCUCUCUGAAUCGUGUGACAGGCAAUUUGAGCAAUUUUCCAUGCGUGCCAACUGUGAUUCGGUCAGUUUUCGAGCGAAACAGAAUUCUCGCAGUUCAGAAAGUUUCAAUCUUAAUAUUAAUCUUAUAUGUGACAUGGUCAUCAGGAUUGGUUUCUUAAAGACAUAUGACCUAUCAGAUUUAGAAAGGGCAAUAAAAUUAGUUGCUAUUGCUAUAUCGGGUUUUCAAAACUUCGGAAACUGGGCUAAAGCGGUCUUCAGACUAGAGGUUUAGCCCAGUUCCCGAAGGUCUCAAAAUCUGAAACAGCGAGCAAUUUUAUUGUUUUCUUGAGAAAAAAGUAAACUUUAAAGUAAACUUUUCCAAAAAAUCGUGACUGAUAAGAAACUAGAGUAGUUAAGCCAAAUAGCUAUGCCUAGUUCUAAAGUGCGUACAAGCCUUUAGUCUGCAGACCGCUUUAGGGUAGUGAGAUAAUGGGUUAUCCCUGGACCCAGGGCUACAAAUUUUGCAAGGAAAAAAGAAAAUUGAUAUAGAGGAUAAAACAUCACACUCCCAUCUGUACUAAAUCUUACCUGUACUAAAUAUCAAACAUGGUCAAAACAUGCCGUCUUGAUUAUUUAGUACAAAUAGAGGCAUAAACAAAUUUUUGCUAAAUUUCUGUACUUAAAAACGACGCAGAUGAAUGGCAUUGUACACUUAGUACAAUCAUGUACUAAAUAAAAUUUGAAAUAUAUUUUCAAACUGAUGUACGGAGAUUAAAAAUUUGUUUCUUUAAUAUGUUCUUUUACAUUAUUUAGCACUAACGAAAAAAAAUAUCCACUUAGUACAAUUAUGUACUAAAUGGUAAUAUAGAUUUUUUCAUUAAUAAGAAUUGUGCUAAAUAAUUUAUAAAUUAAAAAUGAAACACAAAUCAAUCUGAUAUAUUACUUUUUUUUAAAGAUUUAUUAAUAGUUUCGUUUUAGUACUAAAUAUCUAACAUACGUUAUAUAUAUUUGGAAGAAUAAAGUGAUAUGCAAAAUAUUGUUUAAUUAAAAACAGUUUUUAAGCAGUACAAAGCCUUUUGUAUAUGAUAAAAGGAAGAAAGUCUUAAUAUUGUCUGUACUAAAUCUCAUGCAGUUAAAAAAAAAACUAAGCCUGGGUAUUUAAGAUUUGUCUAUGGGUCGUACCUUAUGGCGUCUUAAACCUUAGGCGAUUCGGCAGCACGCAGGCAACCCCUAAGGCGGUUCUCCAGCUCUACAUCUCGGCUUCUGUGUGCUUGAGGUAUAUACAGUUCCGUUUCUGUACUAUGGCAGACCAGUCUUGUUUGGAUCAGUUGCAGUGAAUGUGUAUUUGUAUCAACAGAUCUCUUAAUGCCAAACUCGUUUCUGUAUCAGCCGCUCUUAAGGUGGUUCAUUGUUAGUGCAUUGGGCAUUACUUUUCAUUAAUUCACUGGACUAAUGGUGUUAUUCCAAUAAAAAAUGAACAUGUUUUUUUUUAGCACAAGACUGUUCUCAAGUGAUUUUUGAUUAUCGACUUGUCUUUGUGUUGGUUUUUUUCACGACUGUUUCUAAAAACGGAUUUAGAAGACGGCUAGGACAGAGGAAAACAGUCGAGACAGGAACAAACACAAAGAAAAGACGAUAAUACAGAAGCGCUUGAAAAUAGUAAAGUACUAAAAAUACAUGUUAAGUUUUCAUUGGAAUACCAACUGAUCCACUGAGACUCUAGCUUGGGUAUUCAGUAUAAGUCCAGUUAUCAGAAAAAGGCUAUUUUAUCUGCUUAUUUAGAUGCUCUAUCUACCUUUUGUUUUUUUGUUAUCAGAAGUGCUGUAAAAUUCAAUUUCUUAAAUGACACGUUUUAGUACAGUUUUGUACUAAUUAUUCAACCCCGCCAAGAACUUGAAAAUCCCAUGUUAUGCAAUUUAUUUCAAUCUACCAAAUGAUAAUGCAAGGCGAGAUGUUCGCUACUGAAUUAUUUACCAUCAUUUUUCACUGUAAUAGCUCUAUUAUUCCUUGUCAGCUAAGCCAAUAACUCCUUGAAAAUUCGUCCAACCCUUCUCACAGCAACUCUGAGAGUGCAUGUAGAAAUAUGUCUUGUUAUUUGUUAACAUGAAUGCUCUAAAAAGAGAAUAUGAAUGGCAAAAUGGUGUAAUACAAGAAAUCUGAGGUGAAAGUUCUACCAGAGAAAUUCUAUAUAGUAUAACUCUAUUUUGAAGUUAUGUGAAAGCUUUCUCAAACCUAAAAAUUCUUUGUUAAUUAAAAUUGCACAGUUUCUCUUUAGUUUUCCCAGACACAGUUGGUGAAAAUUGAAAAUGUUAAUUAACCAGCAGGAGGUUGAAAAGCCAAACCAUGAAAAUUUCUAGGAAAAUCGCGCGCUCUAAAGAACAAUUCUGAAAGGGUGUCAUGGAGCACAGCAUAGUGGAGCAUAAUGCUUAAGGAAGAUGUUGAAAAAUUGAGAAAAAAACUGUCUUACAAUUCAGAAAGGAGAAUUUUAAUUUAGAAACACACAGAAAAGAAGAAUUAUAAAAAAAUCAAGACAGUACUUGAAUUUAGGGUUAUUAUUGCAAGGAGUAAUAAAUGGCAGAAGGAGUGAAAGGUGAAGAAAAAAAAACUAAAAUAGUCAAAUAGAAAUACAUUCGUACAUAUUUAAACAAGAAAAAAAAAAUGCUUAGCGAAGACAUUGUAUCAUUUAUAAUUUAUUUAUAACUUUUGUGGCCAUUAUAUACUAAUAAAAUCAUAUGUAAUGUUAUUUAAUCAAUAAUAUAAAGAAAAGGAAAAAAAGAGA